GCGCACUUUAAGAAAUCUGAUUUUCGUGGUUAUGGCCUUCAAAAAGAUGCCGUACCAUCCAUUUUCAACCCAUCGAAGAAGUUUCAAGACUUUGUACCUGCUGCGAAGCGACCUAAGUUGAGGGACAUCUUGAUCGACCAUCCUUAUGCAAGACACCCUGAAUCACAACCAAACCCUGCUAGUGUGCCCAGACCCCCGCCCACCCCCAAGUACAAAUUGAUGCCUGCACCGGAGUUUCUCCACGCUCGUCCCGUGCGAAUCGCCCCCGCCCCACAAGUCCAGCCCAACGUGAGACCCCCUCAAGAACAUCCAGGCCCUGGCCCCGCAGUUAGAGUGCUCAGACCCAUGCCCACCACCUUGGGCGGGUACAAAUUGUUGCCAGCACCUGAAUUUCUGUGUGUUCCUCCCGCGCAAAUCGCCCCCGCCCCGCUAGUCGAACCCUGGAAACCUGUCGCACCUGCCCUAGUGAUCGUCCAUGAUGUCGAUGGCGUGCUCUCUCAACCAUGUCAACCGGGGGCGCUUGAGUACGCCCCUCAGUUGCCGGAAUCGUCGGACCGCUCGCCUACCAUGUGUUCCGACACGAAGACUCCGCCCACGCCGUCGGGCAAGCCGUCGGGCAUCCGACCUAUCCGGCCAUUCCGGCCUUGGCACCUCAACCGUCGCCAGUGACACCGUGACACCUCGGUGUCGGUGGCACCUUCCCCGAGUGCUGGUACUCCCUCGCGCGCCCAUGGGACUUCCCGUACAGUGCGAGAGCGAGAGAGACCGACGGCCGCAGUGAGCGGCAUCUCUGGAAACCCAUCACGGGCAGACAAACUCAGUCCACGUCAAGCAUGCCGCUGACUCGUUGCGUCGCUCGACGCGGCCCCCGGCGGCUUCGGCAUGAGAGUUGCGAGGUUCGAAUCCGCGCCGCGCUCUCGCACGCGCGUCCUAGGCAACACCAAAACCUGCACCUCAUCUAAUCUCAGGUGCGCCUAUCGCAUCCUGUUUUGCCUGGCCCCGCCUCCACGCGAACCGCGAAGCUAGGCAGUUCUGUUCGAUUGCGGGCGAUUAAAGCGUGAUAACGGAUAAGGAGCGAGCUUUCGACCGAGCAGCGAGUGCCCAGAGAGUACCCGGGCCGCGUCCAAGUCCGGAGGUUCGGCGAGAACAAGUUGGUGCUGCGCAGCCAGCACGUCCCAGCAUUCCAGCACAGAGCGGAGCUCGGAAGUGCGUCCGUCAACAGUGGAGUUGUUCCAAGACUGAGUCAACAUGUGCAGCCUUUGCAGCUGCGCCUGCAGCUUGAUCCGAUGGGCCUUCUGCAUUGCUGCGUUCGGACUCAUUGUGGUCGCGUUCGUCGUGGGGGGCUAUGUCCUCGGACCUCUCGUCAUAAAAGACAAACCUCAUACCCAAGAUCCCAGUGUGUACGAGUACUACACUGCCGGGGGUAUCACGGAGGGACUGAAGGCCGGCACGGUGGACUUCACUCUCAACAAGAAGGUCAUCUCACUCCACAGCGGGUCCAUUCAUUACUUCCGAGUCCACCCCCAGUACUGGAGGGACCGCCUCCGCAAGCUGAGGGCCGCGGGAUUCGUCGCAGUCGAGACAUAUGUGCCAUGGAAUCUUCAUGAGCCUUAUGAUGGGGUCUUUGAUUUUGGAAACGGCGGUGAAGACAUGUCUCCUUUCUUAGACAUCAGAACGUUCUUGAAGAUUGCUCAAGAAGAAGAUCUUCUCGCAAUUUUGCGUCCUGGACCUUACAUUUGUGCUGAAUGGGAGUUUGGGGGAUUGCCGAGCUGGCUUCAGAAAAUCCCAUCAAUUAAAGUGAGAACCAGCGACCCAAAAUAUACAGAGAGAGUGCAGAGGUUCUUUGAUGUGCUUCUUCCAAUUCUUAAAAAUUUGCAAUUUUCUACUGGACAAGGACCUAUUAUUGCCUUCCAGGUAGAAAAUGAAUAUGGAAACACUAAAGAACCAAACAAGGAUACUGACAAACAGCACUUACGAGAUAUUAAAGCAAUGUUUGAAAAAGCAGGACUUGCGGAAUUGUUCUUCACUUCUGACACUCCAUCCAAAGGGAGAGAGUAUGGUGCAAUUGAAGGAGUGCUUGAAGUUGCCAAUUUUAACGAGAAUCCAACUGGCGAACUGAACCUCCUGAAGGAAUUGCAACCAAACAAAGCUGCAAUGGUGAUGGAGUUUUGGACUGGUUGGUUUGACCAUUGGGGAGAAGCUCAUCAUGGAAUGACCCUAGACAAUUUCAAGAAAGUUCUUGAAGAUAUCCUUAAAUACCCAUCUGGAGUAAAUUUCUAUAUGUUCCAUGGUGGAACAUCCUUUGGAUUUCUAAAUGGGGGCAAUGUAUAUAAGGAGUUCCCAUUCUACCUACCUGAUAUUUCCUCUUACGACUAUGAUGCACCAUUAUCAGAGGCUGGUGAUUACACUGAAAAAUAUGAAGCCACAGUCUCCCUCUUGGCCAAAUACCAAAAGGUGACUUUCAGGAAACCUGAGCGGCCUGUAGAAACCCCGAAGAAAGUUUAUACACCCUUAAGUUCACCAGAUUUCUUGAAUUGGAACAGCUUAUUGGAUCAAGUUGAUGCUGAAGACAAACAAGAUUCACCUCAACCUAUUUACAUGGAAUAUCAUCAAGCUAAUGGAGGGAGUGGACAGAACUUUGGUUACAUUGUUUACCGAAAGAAAGAUCAAAGUCUAACACCCACUUCAACGCUGAAAAUUGAUGGAAAGAUAAAUGGAGCUGCAAUGGUCAUGGUGAACAAUGAACUGAAGUCACCGCCUCUUCAAACUGUUGAUGAUUUGAAAGGUUUUGGAUAUUGGUGCUCAGAUUCAGACAAAAACACCCUUGACUUGAAAUUAAGUUCAGCCACUACUGCAGUUCUAGAUAUUAUAAUAGAAAAUUGGAGUCGCAAUAACUAUGGGAAGCUAUCAACUGAUUUCAACCAAGUCAGAGGGCUUACAUCUAAUCAGGUCUAUGUAGAUGGCAACCAAGUUCAAGAUUUUACAAUUUAUGCAUUGCAGUUCAAAGGAAAAUGGGUGCGAAGACUGAAGAAUUGGACUCAAAACCAAGUAGCAGGGAAUGGGCCAGUAAUGUUGAAGUUUAAGUUGAAUGUGGAACAACCUACUGACACAUUCCUUGAUAUGCAAGGAUGGGGGAAAGGAGUUGUCUUCGUAAAUGGCUUUAAUAUAGGCCGCUACUCCACUAUUGGACCACUUCGAACCUUGUUUGCCCCUGCUCCUCUGUUCCAAAGCGGCACAAAUGAGAUCUGUGUUUUUGAGCAUUUCAAGCCAUCUUCAGAGCUCAAAUUUUCAGAUAGAAUGAUUUACAAGGAUUCUGAAAAAACUAUAAAUGUUGACUUGUAAAUAAGGAGAUAAAAAGUUCAGAAAAAAAUUACCUCUAGAUCAAAUGCUACUUGAAGUAAACGCCAUGCUGGAAUAAAAAGUUUUUAUAUUUUA